UCCAAUAAGGCCAUCGUAUCGUUGGGUAAAUAACCAGUUUGAGAGUUUACUGCGACUGUUCGGACGGAAACAAGUACCAGCGCGCUUUCGUCGCUAUCCCCAAAUGCAGUAACCUGUUGUUUUUUGUUGUUUUUGAUAAUUGUGGAAAGUGAAAAACGGAAUACCAAGUUAGAUACACACAAAUCAGGCUCAAUUUUAAAAUCGUAAACUUAUUCAAAACACAAUUCGCUUGAGUGUAAUGUAAUGUGUGCAGUGCAACAAGUGUUUUCCUUCGUUUUCUACUAGUAUAUGUGCCCGAGUGGAAAUUCAACCAACUAAGUUAAAACCUCCUAACUGGUGUAUAUGUUUAUAUUUGGAUUUUGAGGCACUCCCGGAGCUCUCAAAAUGGAUGCAGCCAAUCACACUGCUGACGAGGCGCCGAAGGAGAAUGAGGAGAACGACAAUGAUGCCCAGGAUACCCAGGGAUUAUCCUUUUGCUUCAUUCGGGGCUCAGAUCCCAGAGCUGCAACAUGUCGAAGUAAACUGCAAAACAGACGCUGCAAAUUAAACCAAGAAAUAAAUAAAGAACUUCGCCUACGCGCUGGGGCUGAAAAUUUAUACAAGGCCACAACAAACCGUAAGCUGCGGGACACAGUUGCCCUGGAACUGAGCUUCGUCAACUCGAAUUUGCAGCUAUUGAAGGAACAGUUGGCGGAAUUAAAUUCAUCGGUGGAAAUAUAUCAAAGCGAGAGUUUCAACAGUGUCAUGCCUAUGAUACCAUUGGGCCUAAAGGAAACCAAGGAGAUUAACUUCAUGGAACCGUUUUCGGACUUCAUAUUGGAGCACUAUAGCGAAGAGCCCUCGAUAUAUAUGGAUUCCAUAGCGGAUAUUACAGAUACCAGGCAGGCAUCGAAGACGCCAUCACGUGAUGGCCUCGGCGUAGCGCUGCUUUUUCGCUACUACAACCUGCUUUAUUAUGUGGAACGUCGCUUCUUUCCGCCCGAUCGCAAUAUAGGAGUCUACUUCGAAUGGUAUGACUCUCUUACGGGCGUGCCCUCUUGCCAGCGUACGAUUGCCUUCGAAAAGGCCUGUACUCUGUUCAAUCUGGGUGGAAUAUAUACACAGAUCGGUGCGAGGCAUGAUCGCACCACCGAACGGGGACUGGAUCUGGCCGUUGAUAGCUUCUUGCGGGCCGCUGGCAUAUUCCGUCACAUCUACGAUACGUUUACGAAUGCCCCUUCGAUGGACCUGAAGCCGCAGGUCCUGGACGUACUCGUUUCUCUGAUGCUCUCCCAGGCCCGAGAGUGUCUCUUUGAGAAAUUGCAGCUACAAAUUGAAGCGUUAGAUCUUUCAGAGUCUCGUCACUUGUAUCGGGACCUGGCUGGAGAGGCGGCCCAGCUGUCGUACGAGUAUAAUGACAUGCACAAAAAUAUUCAAGCGAAUGACACACACACCUAUCUGCCAGAAUGUUGGGCUGGGCUGGUGCCUUUAAAAGCCGAACUCUACAAGGCAUUUGCCCACUAUUACGAGGCCCGCAGCAUAGAUACCACUUCCGGUGCUGGGGCCUUGACCUGUCUGUCUAACCAAAAGAAUCUGGCUGCUGCCAAAUCAAAAGAAUCAUUUAUUGGCAAUGCAAGAGAAGCCCAAAGCGAGUCCACCACUUCCACGUCAUCUUCUUCCAUAGCAAUCAAGCUCACCCACCUAAAAGAAGCAAUGAAUAGUAACGAAGAGGCGCAGCGAUUGCAGCGCAUGUGUCGCUACCUUAAGAACAAAACAUCCCUGACGGAAGUGAUCAAGGAAUCGCUGUACAAAACCCAAGAGGAGUACGAGAAAUUCAAAGUGCAGGCUUCGGCCAAUAACAUAGAAGAGUGCUACGAUCUGUUAGAUCAAGUGGUUGAGGCUUCUUCAAAGUUUACGUUAUCAUUGACUGGGCCCGAAUUCACAUCGUACAAAGUCGAGGAUCCAUUCAAGGGCCUGGGACCCAUAGCGAUAUUCUCGGCAAGACGCCACUGGACAGCGCCGCGUUGUGUCCGCCUACAAAAGGGUUCCGCAUCCCUGUCUACGUCCUCCAUAUAUCACGAUGCCUCCAGCACAUUUAACACAGCCGAGCACAGUGGCUUUAAGGAAGAGUUUGAAAACUUUGGCUUUCAUGUGCGCGGCGAUGCGCCAGUGAUCAUUGCCCACGUGGAGAUUAAUUCUCUAGCCGAUCUUGGUGGCAUCAAGGAGGGUGAUUUUAUAGUCGAAAUAGCUGCCAUGGAUGUCAAGUGGUACUCACACCAGCAGGUCGUUCAGCUAAUACAGUCUUGUGGCUCUGCACUUGAAUUAAAAGUCAUAACGCCCAUGGAUCGCAAUUACUUGAAGCCGCUGUCGUCGAAGGGCUCAAUAUCAACGCUAUCAGCCGCCAGCUCUUCGGGUAUCUCAUCAUCCGGCUCCCCAAGUCCCACGAGCACGGCCACAAAGCCGAAGCUCCAGCUGAAGAACGCCAAUAAGGCACGACUCGUGGGCAGCGUGUCGUCUCGAUCAUGGAAUCCCUUUCGUCGCACGCCAAGCUUAGCUAAAAUAUUCUAGGACAUACACACACGCAUGUGUCAUGAGGCCUUAAUUACAUUUUUUAUUGAGUUCAACUCUCCAGAGGAUAGUGAAAUAUAUUGUAAAAGAUAUAUAUAUAUAUUUUUUUAUAAAAAGACCAGAUCAACCAGCUCAUUAUAUCAAUGUCCCCGCCAUGGCUCACUUUAUUUCUAAUAUUUUCUAUUCUUAAGACUAAUAUUUUUAUUUAUUUUUGUGCAUCAUACAAAAUACAUAUAUGUUAUGUGCAUUUCGCCACCGCAAAAAGAAACUAAGGAAAGCUAGUUGAAUGGUUAGUUUUCCAUCUUCUGUUUUUAACUUUUAAAAUUCUUAAAUAUGUAUGAACCAGCCGAGCCUUAAUGAUAUUUUAAAUUAUUUGU